GCGCCUUCUUACGUUUCUGCACGUUCCGCGGACGUAAUUUUGUCCGAUAUACGCCCCACGAAACUCAGCCCAGAAGCGCUCACUUCCAUCAACGUCUUCCUCGAUGAGUUUCUCUAUGCCAUCCUUAGCGCUAGCCAAGCCCUCCAUACGGCUAAAAUUCGUGGAGGCGUCAACAAGAUUCUCCCGACAACGCUCGGCAAGGAGGCUGUCCUGGAGGCGGAAAUGGAGUUGAGGGCGUAUUGGGAACGUAAGGGCGGGAGCCCCGAGCAUGGCCCAGAGGAGGGUGACUGGAGCACCCAAUGGAUGUUCGAGCUUCUUCGCCUCAAGUGUGAGGGGUACUCGACUCUAAGUGAUACCGACGAGAACCCCGACGCGGAGGCUCGUCUAUAUGAGCGCAUGAAGGCUCAGGGUGUCAAACCUCCUCAGCCGUCCGUGCUCGAUCCUGCUGCUCUCUAUUUAACGGCCAUUGUUGAAGCUGUAUGCGAGCAUGUCUUGUCUAACGUGGGACGCGUCGCCGCCAGAGACAGCAGCCGCACCGUGUCUAAUGCCCACGAUCUGUUCACCGCUUUGUGUGAGGAUGCCACUAUAUAUGGCCUGUUCAAGAGUAUGAAAGGUGCUGUGUACCAGAUAAUUACCACGGAUGCUUAUUCUGACCUCUGUCCCAGUUUACGAGCAGAUCGAAUCUUUCUCCAAGGUCCCUCCCGCUCGUCGUACCAAAUCCUUCUCGAAGGAUAG